AGGACGAGUUGUCAUGGCAACUGUACGGCACGCGUUUACAAAAACAGAGCUGAUCGUCCGUCGACUGUUUCUCUCCACCUUCGUCAUCUUCCAGCGUUAGUCGAAGCGGAGGAGGAGGACAGGAGGAGGUGUCGGAGGACCGGAGGAGCUGUCGGAGGGCAGCGACACGAUGAGCGGAGCCAAAACCCGCAGCGACGCGCCUGUGGCUGAAAACGUCUCCGGCGGCGGCCACGGCGCUGCGGCUCCUCCGCGCGACCGCAAACCCGCAGGAGGGGUUCUGAAGCGGCUCAAGUCCUGCAGGAGUCAGGCAGAGAGCAGCAGGCCGGUUACGGAGGAGGACCUGCGGGCACAGGACGGACAUAUCACGCCGGAGGACGUGUUGGGGCUGCGGGCGGCCACCAGAGGUUACCUUUGUAAACCGGAAGACAAUGUUUAUAACAUUGACUUUGUCCGCUUUAAGAUCAGAGACUUGGAGACAGGCACUGUCCUAUUUGAGAUUGCCAAACCACCGCACACCGAUGAUGAUGAAGAGAACAGUGAAGGAGAUUCCAGCACUGGUCGGUUUGUGCGCUACCAGUUCACUCCAGCUUUCUUGCGAUUGCGGACUGUGGGAGCCACGGUGGAGUUCACAGUGGGAAACCAACCCUUAAACAACUUCCGUAUGAUUGAGAGGCAUUAUUUCCGUGACCACCUGCUGAAGAGCUUUGACUUUGACUUUGGCUUCUGCAUUCCAAACAGUCGUAAUACUUGUGAGCACAUCUAUGAAUUCCCACAGCUGUCUGAGAGCCUGGUGCGUCAGAUGGUGGAAUGUCCUUAUGAGACCCGAUCAGACAGCUUCUAUUUUGUGGAGAACAGACUGGUCAUGCACAACAAGGCAGACUAUGCUUAUAAUGGAGGACAGUGAUGCAUGUCUGCCAGCCUGCAGACACACACCAUAGCAUGCAUGCACAAACUGUUUGUAUCCAUGUACUGUAUAUAUACACACAUGCAUGCAUAUGGCAGAACAUAAAUUAUGCAGUCGAUCCAGUUCGACUUGCAAAAACAGACACAUUCAGUUUUUGUUUGUUAUUAUGA